AUGGAUUCGGCACCGGGAUUCUUUUCAACCUCAGAAUCCAACAAAAUAACCGACAUCUGGGAUGCUACAGUGCAGUCUCAGCAAGACCAUGAGGAAAACAGCGACAGUUCUUGGACCAAAACACUCCGAUACACGCUUGCCAUCAUCAUGUCUCAGAAAGGGCUCCGAAUCAAUCACAGGACUUCGCCCGACAUGUUUGCUACCGCAAUGGACGUUCUGUUACAGAGUACAUCACCAAAUGGCUUGUUUCCCGUCUUGCUCAACUCGAACAAGGACCCCAUUCACAAGAUGGAUCAAAGAAAGAGUAGUUCACAUCUUCAAGCAAUGUUUGAAAUUCCAUACGUACUUUUCACUUACGGUGAAAGCAACCCUGGGAACGAGAACGACCCCGAAAUUCAGAUGCCUUCCGAUCCUAAAAGAGAUGACUCGACGAUUUCUUCGGUCGUUCCAAAUACGGAUAGCGGAAAGGACGGAAGAACUGCGCACCAACACCAAGAGCGGAAUAGUAUGCAGAAGGCAAACUUGAGAAAAACAGCUCCUUUCAACAACCUCGUGGAUCAAAAAAGCAUUGUCGAUAUCGAGGAGGAAUGGCUGUAUAAUUAUCCGGACUUCCUAGACUUUACCCCACAGGCUCCUGAUGGCUUCAAGCCAUCCACGUACGGACCUGAAACAGGGUUUUCCUUUGUUGUUGAUAUCCCUAAGUCGAAGCGGAUGAGUCAAGCAGCUACAACACUUCCAACAGCAGGGCAAGUCCUGGAGAGUCUGAAAAAUGGUGGGAUGGGUGCACUUGUUGGAAAAUCGCGGACAGCAGAAACUGCCAAGAGGAGAUUCAUCAUGCUUUCCAGAAUUGACAGAGAGAUACGAGAUUUGUCGAAUCUCAUAUCUCCUCCGCAGGAGAGCGACAACAUGGAGUCAUUCAUCGGAAGACACAUGACUUUCGAAAAAUACUUUCUGGAUGACACGACAGCCGCGCUGAACAGGUGGGAGACAGAGCUCCAUUUGUCUUACUAUCUGCUUUUCGACCCAUCAAAAAAUCUCAAAACGAUCAAGGAUGAGAGGACGGUACAAUUUCCCGGAAUAUCCAAGGCGAUCCGCCAAGAAAGCUUGAGUUUCCGACUUGUCGGUGACUUUUUCAAUCGGUACUGGACAUGCCAUUUCGUGAAAGACAACCAAAUAUCCGAAGAAGCUCACACCAACCUGCUCGAGCUGCUAGCGCCACGACACGCAAUAUCGAAGAGCGAACGGGCCAAAGAGCCGUGGAGGCAGCGCAAAGUCCUUGAGCUUCUGCUAUUUGAUCAUAUGUUAGAAGAGAUCAUCGCAGGGACGAGCGAUAUCAUUCUUGAAACAAAAAAGCAGGUUCUAGGCAAAGAUGAAGCACGGAUAAUAGAGCAAAGGAGAUCUCCCAAUGCGGACCCAGGAGAUGAGGCACAGUCCAGUGCGCUAUCGGAUGCCGUGUCUUUGUGCAAGACUAACUCUAUUGCGUACUUUGCCGUCAACAAACAGUGGCAAAUCUUUCAGCAGAUCCUCGAAGUCGUCGAAGAUGACAUCACCGAGAACUUGGAGAAAAUCUCAGAAUGGAAUCAACGGGAGAAAGAAAGAUAUCUCGAGAAACCUCGCUGGACCCGAAACAAUGAACGAAAAUACCGAGGAACCAUCUCCAAACUUCUGGCUUCCAACGAACGGAAGAUACUCCGCCUGCAGCGUUGCAGAACGAACGUGCAGACUCUGAAGAAUUCCCUUGAAAGUCGACUUCAAUACAUGCGAGAUGAUCUGAACGCCUACUUCACCACAGUCACAGUCAUCUUCCUACCUCUGGGAUUCGCCGCUGGGAUCUUCAGCAUGAAUGAUGACAUGCCAAAGGCCAUGGUUUGGCAUGGCAUGGCGUUCACAUCUGCUGCCGCUUUGGGUGUGACUAUACUCGUCUUGGUGAAUGCCCAAAAAUUGGCGGGCGCGAUAACAGCAAGCUGGAACUGGGGGUUCCGCUCACCAGUUGCUUGGUUGUGGCAGCACUUGGUGAACCUGUCCGGGUGGAUUCAGGAACGGACGCAUGGAUCUCAUGAGGCAUACAACAGUAAUCCAUCAAAUGCUGCUUAG